AUGAAUGAAAUUACUAAAAAAAGAAAGUACAGAGCAAAUAACAAAAAUACUAAUAAUCCUAUUCAGGACUCUCAGGAUGAAGUUCCAAUUGGCACAAUUUUUCAAGUUAAUUUAUCAAAUAAAACUAGCUUGAUCAAAGUAUUAGUUAGAGUAGAAUGUGAAAGAACAUAUCAAACUGAGUUCUCAACUAGUAAUCUUAUUGGGCAUCCAUUAAUUCUUAUUCAACAUCCUUUAUUCUGA